AUGUGUACUCGUCCGGACAUUUGUUAUACCGUAGGUCUGGCUAGCAGGUAUCAGUCCAAUCCUGGAAGAGAUCAUUGGAAAGCUGUGAAGAGGAUCUUCAGAUACCUAAAAGGAACUGUUGAUUAUUCACUAUGUUAUAGUGGAAAUGAUUUACACUUGAACGGGUAUAUAGAUGUUGAUUGGGGUGGUGACCGAAAAAAUAGAAAAUCGACAUCCGGCUAUGCUUUCUUACUUAAUGGUGGUGUUAUUUCAUGGAAAAGUAAGAAACAAACUUGCACGGCUCUUUCAACUAUGGAAGCUGAGUUCGUGGCUUGUGCAUCUGCAGUACAAGAAGCUGUUUGGUUAAAAAGAUUCUUUGAGCAUUUGGAUGUAGCAAAGAAUUCUCAUGGAUCAAUGAUUGUACAUUAG